UUGAAAAUAUCUGUUGGCAACACUGCACUAGUGUUUGUUGUGUGUGCUGUUUUGGUGCUUUUUUUAUUUUUCUAUUAAGAUUUUUCAAUUUUUACCCGUUUUUUGUGGGUUUUAAGCUCAACUUGCGCUUUGUCAGUGUUUCUGUAGAAAAAAUUGGUAUUACUUCGUGACUAGAAACUCCCAAUUCGCGAAAUUAUCAAGUUUUAGGUUAUGUAGAAAUUUUUCGUUUUAUUUUCACAAUGUCGAGUUCAAAGAGUAUAGGAACGCCUGAAGUCCUCAUGCAAUUGGACCAAAAUGAAUUGCAGAGCAUUAAAGUGAAGAUUACGAGAAAAAACUUGGACAAGCCUCUUGUCACGGGGCUUUUGAAGCGGGGCUUGGAAGACCCCGCUGACUUAAAAGUUCAUUUAAGACCCGGUGAAGGUGUGCGCCCCAUUUUCGACCGCGAAGACGUCCGUGUAAAUCUCCGAUUUAGUGACGACGCACCGGUAAAUCCCCCAAAAACCGGAAACGACAAAGCACGGAGCCGAAGUCCCACUAAACGUCGCAGUCCACAGCCGCACACCUCCAGGGAUUACCCCAGAAGUCGUGAUUACCAUUCCCCGAGACAUCGACGGAGUAGUUCACGGUCGAAGAAAGUUGUCUACAAGACUUCGCCCCCUCGUUAUCGAUAUAGCAGGUCUCCGAGGCGAAGCCGCGACCGGUCUCCGAGGUACCGCCCGAGGUCGAGGUCCCCCACACACCGGAGACGCAGCAGGAGUCGGUCCCCCUAUCGCAGGUCGCGGUAUAGCAGAUCCCCCGAUUAUCGACGGUAUGAGAGACGCAGCAGGUCCCCCAGGAGGCACAGACAGACCCCCGAGAGGCAUGAAAUUGCCUAUCAGGCUCGAGUACCCCCAUAUUUAGAAGCGCCUGAACUUUGGAUGCCAGGCCCGAGGAUUCCAAUAAUGCCGCCAAUGGCUUUCCCGUAUCCCCCUUUGAGACAUCCCAUGAUGUAUCGGGGGCCCCCUUUCAGACCUAGGAUUAUUUAUAACAAUCCCAGGCCUAGAGUGACACAAGCAAUUACGAGUGCGACUGUCACAACAAUGACGACGACUGCAACGCCCCAAAUUACGGAAAGUGAAGAACAGAAAAAUGAAAGUGUAGAGGAACAAAGAACUGAUUAAAAUAAAGUUGUAAAUUGUUUA